CGUGAGCGCCCGUGAUUGACCCGUGGCGGUCCCCGCACGCUUACCUGUCAGUUGUAGCAACCGCGCGCCAAAAACCGGGCAACGGCCAACCCCCCGCCGCCUUACCAACAACCACCGCGCAACAACAUUACAAGCACGUGCCGACUUCUCCGCUUCUGAGAGAAAAAAACGCCUAUCUGCAACUCCCCAAACAAGCUAGGGAUAGACAACCAUGGCUGACCAACUGACAGAGGAGCAGAUCGCUGAGUUCAAGGAGGCCUUCUCUUUGUUCGACAAAGAUGGGGACGGCGUCAUCACUACAAAGGAGCUGGGAACUGUCAUGAGAUCGCUGGGACAGAAUCCAACUGAAGCUGAGCUUCAGGACAUGAUCAACGAGGUCGAUGCAGACGGCAACGGUACCAUUGAUUUCCCAGAAUUCCUUACCAUGAUGGCGAAGAAGAUGAAGGAGACAGAUACAGAAGAGGAGCUUAGGGAGGCGUUUAGAGUUUUUGAUAAGGAUAUGAUCAAUGAAGUCGACACGGACGGCAACGGAACCAUAGACUUUUCCGAAUUCCUCACCAUGAUGGCGAGAAAGAUGAAAGAACGUGAGGACGACGAGGAACUCAGGGAGGCCUUCCUAGUUUUCGACAAGGAUAUGGUAAACGAGGUUGACACGGACGGAAACGGAACCAUAGACUUCCCAGAAUUCCUCACCAUGAUGGCUCGGAAGAUGAAAGACACUGACCAGGAGAAGGAGCUGAGUGAGGCGUUUAAAGUGUUCGACAAGGAUGGCAACGGCUACAUCAGCGCCGCGGAGCUGCGUCACGUGAUGACCAACCUGGGAGAGAAGCUGACAGAUGAAGAGGUGGAUGAGAUGAUCCGAGAGGCCGACAUUGACGGAGAUGGCCAGGUCAACUACGAAGAGUUCCUCGAUGCUCCCGCCGCACUAAUCACGCUUUCAAGCUCAAAACUUACCAUGACAGACCAGCUAACGGAGGAACAGGUUGCAGAGAUGAGAGAGGCCUUCUCUUUGUUCGACACAGACGGGAAGGGCUGUAUCACCACUAAAGAUCUGGGAACUGUCAUGGCAUCGCUGGGCCAGAUCCCAACUGCGACCGAGAUUCGUGCUAUGGUGAAAGAGGCUGACGCGGACGGAGAUGGAACCAUAGAUUUCCCAGAAUUCCUCGCCAUGAUGGCGCGAAAAAUGGAGUCGGCCGCAAACGAGGAGCUGACGGAGGCGUUCCGCGUGUUUGACAGGAACGGUGACGGUUUCAUCAGCGCUGCGGAGCUGCGGCAUGUGCUGAUCAACCUGGGAGAGAAGCUGACAGAUGAAGAGUUUGAGGAAAUGAUGCGAGAGGCCGAUCUGGACGGAGAUGGGAAGCUCAACUACGAAGAGUUCGCGAAAGUUAUGAAUGCAAAGUAGUCAUGGAUUCGACAACUCCCGUUGGAGAUCUGGCCGCAUUUCAAGCUCGUUCCUGAUAUGCAGCAUGCAAGACCACGCUCAUCUAGUCUUCAGGCUGCCAAUGGCUCUAUGAAGCCCCUCCUCGCUUCAUGGCUAUACCUGGAUUUUUUUAUAUUCCACAAG